GCGCCAGGCUGCACAGAUAGUGAUGAUCUAUUGACACAGAUCGAUCUCUUCUGCUCUAAUUCACCAGUCAAAGCUGCUAAUCCAUAUGUUCUUCUCCUGAGUGCGUGCACGCGCGUCGCGCCUGUCCGUGCUCGGCCGCCGUCGGCUUUGAUGCGCCGCUCCUCGCGCCAGCUAGUGGCCGCCUGGCUGCUCGCGCUGCCGCUGGGGAGAGGCGGAGAGGAAUGCGCGCGCCGCGGCCGCCUGGAGAUGAUCUCCUUCUGGUUGCUGUGCUGGAAGCUGCUGAGAGCUACAGCUGGGCUACGACGGACAACGCUUGAACUGACAGCCGGAGACCAAAGUACCCAUCCUGACAGCAGCCUCCCCAGUGACUCUGCUGCACCUCCAACAUCAGAAGAUCCUGUAUCCAUGGAGACUGCCUCUUCACCAGAUCUGGAGAGAGACAACUUGUUUGGUUGCAGCAGUCGGGAAACGGAGGAGCACAAUUACCCAGGAGUCUAUGAGGUGGACGAAGAGUCUUCAGAGGAAAGAAAUGUAGACGGAGAUGAAUGUGACUAUCUAGUCUUUGAAACCGGAGAAAAGGAGCAAAGAGAAGAAGAAGAUAAAAGUGACAUUAGUGAUGAGACGGGAAAUGAAGGGAGAACAGAAACUGGGGGGGAAAAGACCAGAUGGGGUGAAGGGAAGGAAGACGAGGAAAGAGAAAUAGAAGAAAAUGAAAAAGACUCAAUGGAAAUAAAGGGAGUGGAUGACGGAGAUGUUGAUGAAGACUUGUUUGGGACCGAAGAAGAUGAAAGAAGAAGUGGAACAAAGGAGGGGAACGGAUGGAUGACAGAAACACAAGAAGAUAUAACACAGAAUGCUUUGCCAAAUCUGCUCAUUGAUUCUGAAAACCCAUCAUGUCUGUUACCCGAGGCCCUGGUGGUCACCACAGAUCCUCCAGAAACCACAUGGCUUGAGCCCUGGGAACACGAGCCCACAAGCAGGGAUGACCUCGGCGAGUGUUUCCAGUCAGAACUGGCCGUCACGUACUCAGACUGUGAUGAUGAGGAGGACCACUGUGGUGUGACCAGCCAGGAAGGAUAUGGAGCCAUUACUGAUGAUGCAGAGAAAAUGAAAGAGGAAACUGCAGAAGAUGAGGUGGAAGUUGAAACUGGAGCAAUGGAGCAGAAAGAGUUGGAAAAGAAGAAAACACAGGAAGUCACAGAGGAGCAGAUGAUAUCAAGCAGAGAGGAGUCUCUGCGGUCUCCUUCAGUGAGCUCCACGACCAGCUCGACUGACCCUGACAGAAAGGUUCCUCCAGAUUUCUGUGUGGAGCAGGAGCCCCUCAAUGAAAAUAUCUCCACUGAGCAUGUGGAUUUUAUGUUGGCUCGCAAGCAGUGGCAAAAGAUGGAGGAGGAGGUCAAAGGUCAGCCAAUCCCCAAACCAGGACUGAGAGCUCACGGGAGCUUCCAGGGCACGCACUCUUCUUUAUAUCCCCCCACUCGCAGCCCUCGCCUUAAACACAAGGAAAUCCAGCCCCCUGUGGCUCGAGAGCCUCCGCUUUCCUCAACCUUGUCUCCCAGUUCGGAAGACUCAGGCUUGGAUGACUCCUCGUACCGCAGCCCCCAGGAGGAGUCAGAGAGUGCAGUGGAUAGGGAGAUCCGCCUAACUUUGGAGAGAGAAGAAAGGCACCGCAAGGAGAGGGGCAUGAUUGCACAAGGCUUGACUUUACCCAGACCUUCUACCUUGCAGACAGGACGAUCUCCUCCUCGACCUCCAGCCUGCCGCACCCCCACUCUGUCCAUCUCGCCGACCCCCUCCUGCUCCUCCGCCCUACCCCGCUCAGCGUACCAUGAAAUGACAGCCAACAAUGUCAUCAUUCUGGAGCCUGACUCCUCUAAUCAAGCUUCCAGGAACCGCCUCAUUUGUGAUUGGCCUGCCAGUCUAGAUGUGGGCCCAUCUGCAAAUGUCAUUGUGGUGGAAACCUCCAACCUGAUCAUUCGAAGUGCUUCCGAGUUCAGCCUCAGCACUGCGCCAAUAUCCGUGGAGACACAAGAGAGCACUUUUCUAUCCAACCCAUUCUUCAAGCUACGGUCCAUCAGCAGUCAGUCACUGGUGGAGCAAGAGAUUAAAAUGGUGAAGCAGAGGGAGGAUGAAUGGAGGAGGCAGAGAGAGGAAAUGUGGCGAAGGAAACGAGAGGAAGAGUGGAGGAGAGGAAGAGAGAAGUAUGACACAGUGCUGGUGUCCCCAGGCCUGAAUGACAGCAUCAGCAUCAGUGUUCCAGAUGUUGCAGAUCGAUCCGUCUCUUCCCCUUCAUCCCCCUGCAGGGCUCGCAAAAUGGAGCGGUCCAGUUUGUCAUGUGACCACAAGUUUCCUCCCUCUUUUACUUCAGUAAGUCCGCGGCAGAAUGCCAUGGCGCAGAGAUGGGAAGCUUCGCUUUUGGCCAGUCAGAAGAAGAAGUAAACAAGAACUGGAGUCAAUUCUCUUCUAUUUAACGGGCUGAAAUGAAACCUGAUGUCAUUUCCUCUGGAUCUAUGCCCUCAGCCAAUUUAGAUACUUGUUUAGGUUACACACCUAAAGUGAGUAGAAUGUGUCAUUUGUUGUACAAUACUAUUUUGGUGUAAAAGUCUGUUUUUUGGGGUUAAGUUGGUCUUUUGCUUAAAGCAUUAUAAUGCAUCACAUGCAGACUUACCCAUAUAUUUUCCUAAUACAACAGCAUCCAAUAUUAAGUCUAAAAAGUUGUGAAAAUACAUAACCCACAAUUUUCACCGAAGACUAUUCUUAAAAAGUAAAACUGUGCGUUUUUGCAGUAAUAUUUAAAGGCGUUUAUUCAUUAAUACUUAUGAGCAACAGCAUUGUUUUACAUAGUUAUUGAUAAUUAUUUCUUUUUCAUUACUAGUAUAGCAAUCUUUUCUUAAAAUUUCUUGGGUAAACAUAGUUCAUUUUAUAACCUUAAUCUUUAUGUGAUAGUCAUUUAAAGCCUAUUUAUGGAAGCGUCUGUGACUCAUAAUUCUAAAGAAAAGUCAAUAAUGAAAAUGAUUUUUCAUUUUCACCGUGAAACUGCAUUACUUGUCUUUUACAUAAAAUGAAAAAGCAAUUCUCCGAACGCCUUUUUCAUUUUCUUCUUUAACACUUUUUGCUUGAGCUUUCUGUAACUCAAUUAAAAUGAUAAAGAAAAUGGCAUCUGACAUUUUAUUUUCAAAAAGUUUUGUAGUUAAUUUGCACCAAACAGUCAAAUCAAAUAUCAAAUUUGAAAAUUAAAAUGGAUUAACAGAAAUACUUUUUCAUUUUCACAAUCAAAAAGAAAAUGAAAAAGCACCUUCAGUAUUGACUCUUAUUUUGAAUUAUGACUCACAAAUGCUUCCAUACCUAUUAAAGCCAAUGCUUUAAAAGGAUGCAGUGGGGUUUUUGUGUUCUUUUAAAGUUUGCCUUUGAAGGAAAUCCACCCUGACAUUUUAAAAUCAUGGCCUUGACAAAAGCUGGAAUGGUCCAACCAAUAAUCAUUAUUAUUUUUGAUUUAGCUCUCCAUGUAAUGAGAGCCACUUAAAGAGUUUACGCUUGGACCUUUCCUGGCACAAUUUGUACACAAUUGUGUGCACCAUUUUGUGCAAAAGUGAUCAACAAAGAUGGUGGUAAAGUGAUUUUUAAAGUGGCAGCAGCAGCCAGAAAUAGAGAGACAUUCGUAGAUGUUUGAAAUAUAGUACGGUUUGUAUGAUACAUAGAACGCCUUGUAGAACAAGCUUUUACGGCAACUGUGAUUGAUAUUCUUUGAGUGGACCAAUAACAGUUUCUAGGAUCUGAAUCCAGCAGCAUUAUUUCUUAAAAAGUUAAGUAAGUGAAAAGAGAUGAUCCACCAACUUAGCCUUUUUUGGGAAUAAGAACCGUGGGAGCUGCAGCUUUAACUUUUGAAUCUCGAUCCAGUAUUUCUUCUGUAAUGUUUAGUAAAGAUUCACCUGUAAGAAAAAUCCACAUUUAUGCAGAAGAUUUAUAAGGAAGAUUUUUUUUAUUUAUUUCUUGUUUUAUCCUUAAAAAUAUUUAUUGUUAUUAUUAAGAUGUUUGCACUGCCAUGAAAAUGUGAGUUUUAGUAUUCUAUUUAUAUUGACUGUUCUACAUUCCCAUGUUUACAAAUGUUCCUUAGUCCACUUAUAGAAAAUAUAUAUAUACACUGUGUGUGUGUGUGUGUUAAAAAAAAAUUCAAAUGUGAAAAUGAAUCAAGUCUUCAAUCUGAAGAGGUUUCAAUGUGAAUCCAGAAGAAAUUACUGUAAAAACAUCCUUUUAAUUUACAGUUAUGAGCUGUUCAUUAAACGUUUUUGCUUGAUGGUAAGGAAUGCAAACACCUGUAUCUGCAGCUGUCAAAGACUUCUUAGACUGAUUGCAACCGUGCCAUGUUGUAUUUUUACUGCAAUAUUGCACAAUUUGAGAAAUAAAUGCAUUAUUUUGACAUUGAAAAACUAAAUUUUUGUAAACCUAUAAUAUGAAAUCGUACCAAAAAUUGUGUUCUGUUUAAACUCUCGAUUUUGAUUUUUUUUCCUCAACAAAAUAAAAUAAAGUUAUUUUAAGGCCAA